AACUUUUCUCCGGAGACUGUGAAGUUAAAGUGGAGGAAAAACCCGGAGAGACAGACUGUACCUGGCCUGUCUGUCUGUCUCUCUCUGUGUGUGUGUGUGUGUGUGUGUGUCUGUCUGUCUGUCUGUGGGUGUUUAUUGUCUCACCGUCUGUCUCCGGACCCCCACACCCACCGACCCUCCAGCAGACCCACCGACCCCUCUCCGCUCUCCAGGCCGCCUCUCAGAGCUCCUCUCCCGGCCUCGGAUACCGCCGCGGUCCGCUGUCCUGGAGGAAUAAGUUUUGAGGGUGAGACAAAGGGAGGAGGGUGAGACAAAGGGAGGAUGGAGGGAUGAAAGAGGAGGACAGAGGAGGACAGAGACCCGGACAGAGGACUGAACUCGACCCUCAGAGGAGCCUCCAGCUUCUCUCCCAGUUUUUCUCCUUUUCUAACUUUUCCAGCCUCCAUCUUGAAACCUGAGACGGACUUCCGGUUCCUUCCUCAUUAAACGGAUCCUCGGAUCGAUAUUCUCAUCGAUUAUCGGGUUUCUUUCUCACUCUCCAAUGAGGCGCGCGCGGCCGGCUGAGAGCGAGCCCAGCUGACGUCAGUGAUCAGUGAUCGAUAGGUGUGAUCGGCUGUGUCCCGCCGCGGGUCCGGAUCAGGGUUCGGGUGUGAUCGGGUCCGGUUCGGGUUGUUGAUGGAGGGUCAGAGGGGGCUGCGGGCCCCUGCUGCUGCCCGGGGAAGGACCUCCUCCUGCGGGCUUCUGCUGCUGCUCCUCCCGCUGCUGCUGCUGGAGCUCUGCGGGGCCGAGGAAGAGGUUCUGAUGAACACCAGGUUGGAGACGUCCGACCUGCGAUGGACCAACUAUCCUGCUGACGAUCCAAAGUGGGAGGAAGUGAGCGGAUUGGACGACGAGUCCAACAGCGUGCGGAUCCACGAGAUCUGUACGCUGGACAGCCCGUCCUCCUAUUGGCUGAGGACACGCUGGAUCCCCCGCAGGGCGGCGACCACCGUCUACGUGGAGAUCCGGUUCACCAUGAUGGAGUGUGCUGGUCUGAACCGCCGUCACUGUAAAGAAACCUUCAACCUUUAUUACUACCAGUGCGACAGCGACGAGGCCACGCCCACCCACCCGGCGUGGAUGGAGAACCCGUACACCAAGGUGACGGCGGUGGCGGCCGACCACCUGCUGCGCUCCGGCGGCGAGAAACGCUACAACAUCAAACUGCUGCGCCUGGAUCAGCUGAGGGGGGCGGGGCUCUACCUGGCCUUCCAGAGCCAGGGCGCCUGCAUGGCGCUGCUCUCCGUACGCGUCUUCUACAGGAAGUGCCCGCCCCUCCGCCGCGCCUUCGCCUCCUUCCCCGAGACCAUCCCCCACUCGCUGGUGGAGCAGGCUCAGGGCGUGUGUGUGGAGAACGCCGUGACCCCGCCCGGCGAGCAGUCCCGACCUCCCACCAUGCUUUGCGGCGAGGACGGGCAGUGGGUGGGGCAGCCGACGUCCAGCUGCGCCUGUCGCCCCGGAUACGAGACGGGCGAGAACGAUGUGCGUUGUCGAGCCUGUCCAUCAGGGCAGUUUAAGGCGGAGUCAGGAGCCGGCAGCUGUGAGCCGUGUCCCACCUACAGCAACACGCUCAUCCCAGGCUCCGCCUACUGCCUGUGUCACCCUGGGAGACACCGAGCCGACUCGGACCCGCCGCACGCCGCCUGCACACGCCCCCCCUCUGCUCCCCGCUCCAUUGUGAGUCAGGUCAAUGACACCUCUGUGACUCUGGAGUGGAGCGAACCACUGGAGCGAGGAGGACGGGGAGACCUGACCUACAGAGUGCUGUGCUCGCUGUGUGGGACCGCCACCAAGGGAUUGGUCGGUUCCUGUUCUCCGUGUGAUGACAGCGUCCUGUACCGGCCGGCGCAGCGCGGUCUGACUCAGCGCCGCGUCGUCAUCUGGGGACUCCGCCCACACACCAAGUACACCUUCACCGUCCAAUCCCUGAACGGCGUCUCUGCUCUCAGCCAAUCAGAGCCGGCCUCCGACACCGUCAACGUCACCACCAGCAGAGACGUUCCUCCUCCAGUGUCCGUCCUGAGGAGGGCGGCGGCCUCAGAGACCUCUCUGUCUCUAGACUGGACCGCUCCGGUUCUACAGAACCAGCACCAGAUACUGGACUACCAGCUCCGCUACAGCCCCAAGGAUGGCGAGGAGGCGGGGCAGUGGCAGUACGUGUCCAGCAGGUCUUCUUCGUUGGUGCUGACGGGGCUGCAGAGGGCGACGAGCUACCAGGUUCAGGUCCGCGCUCGCUCACAGGCCGGGUACGGAUCCUUCGGCGCCGCGACCGGGUUCAACACGCUGCCUGAUGGUGGCGCUCACUCUCAGCUGGUGCUGACGGGGGUUCUGGUCUCCGUGGGGAUCCUGCUGCUGGUUGCCGUGGUGAUGGUGGCGGUGUACUGUUACCGCAGGAGGGUGAAGCACUCAGAGUUGAGUGAUAAGAGCGGACACUACCAGAUGGGACAGACGAUGAAGGUGUACAUCGACCCGUUUACCUACGAGGACCCCAACGAGGCGGUGAGGGAGUUCGCCAAAGAGAUCGAGGCGUCCUUCGUGAAGAUUGAGGAAGUGAUCGGAGCAGGUGAGUUUGGCGAGGUGUGUCGUGGUCGGCUGAGGGUCCCGGGCCGGAAGGAGAACUACGUGGCGAUUAAGACGCUGAAGGGCGGCUACACGGAGAAACAGAGGCGGGACUUCCUGUCGGAGGCGUCCAUCAUGGGUCAGUUCCAGCACCCGAACAUCAUCCACCUGGAGGGCGUCAUCACCACCUCCUGUCCCGUCAUGAUCCUCACCGAGUUCAUGGAGAACGGAGCGCUCGACAGCUUCCUGAGGAUGAAUGACGGACAGUUCACCACCAUCCAGCUGGUGGGAAUGCUGCGGGGGAUCGCCGCGGGGAUGAAGUAUCUGUCCGACAUGAGCUUCGUCCACAGAGACCUGGCGGCUCGAAACAUCCUGGUCAACUCCAACCUGGUCUGUAAGGUGUCAGACUUUGGUCUCAGCAGGUUCCUGACCGAAAACUCCUCGGACCCGACGUACACCAGCUCUCUGGGAGGUAAGAUUCCCAUCCGCUGGACGGCUCCCGAGGCCAUCGCCUACAGGAAGUUCACGUCUGCCAGCGACGCGUGGAGUUACGGCAUCGUCAUGUGGGAAGUGAUGUCGUACGGAGAACGACCAUAUUGGGACAUGAGCAACCAGGACGUGAUUAACGCCAUCGAGCAGGACUACCGGCUGCCCCCCCCACCAGACUGCCCCUCCUCCCUGCACGCGCUCAUGUUGGACUGCUGGCAGAAGGAACGAGCCAAUCGGCCGAGGUUCUGCGACGUCGUGGCGUCGCUCGAUAGGCUGAUCCGAAACCCCGCCUCCCUGAAGGUGACGCACUCGGAGGGCCCGAGUUCGUCCCAGCCUCUGUUGGACCAGCGCGUCCCCCCCCCGCUCUCAGCCUGUGGUUCGGUGUCUGAGUGGCUUCGGGCCAUAAAGAUGGAGCGAUACGAGCAGAGCUUCCUGCAGGCCGGAUUCACCAGCAUGGACAUCGUCUCACAGCUCAACACCGAAGACCUGCUCAGAGUGGGCGUGACCCUCGCCGGCCACCAAAAGAAAAUCCUCUCUUCUGUCCAGACGCUCAGGAUACACAAAGCCCCUCCCACCCUGCUCUACUGACCAAUCACAGCACUCAGAACGUUCUAA